AAAUAUAUUUCUUUUUCAAAAAUAUAAACCCUUGAUGAAAUAUAUGUACGUGUUAGGACACAGUACAGUUUGCAAAUUUCACUAUGGCCGUGCUUGUUUUUAGCCUGAGUAUUUUUAAAAUCACCUUCCUGAAUACAUCACCUGUUUAAUGAUAAGUGUUCAUAAACAUGACAUCAAUUUCAUUUAAAUGUAUCCUGUGAGUUGGUGAACCAAUAUGCAAAGAAUCCAUAUUGCUCACCAAAUCCAAAUUUAGAAUCUCUGUGAUGUCAUCCCCAUGCUCCAGGGUGACACACAGGGGUACAUUUAGGCACUGACUGGAAUAUUCAGGAACUUCAUGGAACUUCAAGAGGCAGUAUAAAGCAGUGAGAGCUCACCGUGCUGAAACCAAACAGACAAAUCCAAGGCUACGCUACGAGUAGCAAGAAGCAAGACACAGCAAGAACUCCCGACUCUCACUGAAGAUGUUGAGCCUUCACGGAUUCCAGCCCUCCCUCAGCCCCUUUGUGGACUUCUACUGGCCCGUCCGCAGUAUCUGGCCUCAGGUCCGACCUCUGGACAUUCACACAGAUCUUAUGCUGAGAAACAUGGAAGGUAUGCCAAGCAGUCUGGAGCUCCUGAAGAAACUUCAGCACCACAUCUUCCAGGAGAUUGACCAAAUCCCAGCUUCAGAGGAGCUUCAUCCACUUCCUUGCAACCUUGAGAAGAAGGGAGAUGGUUUUGCUCUGACGCUGGACACUAAAGACUUUUCUCCUGAAGAGCUGUCAGUCAAACAGGUGGGCAACAAGCUACAAGUGAGCGGCAAAUCUGAGAAGAGACACGAAGAUGGAAAAGGCUCCUACUCCUACAGGGUCCAGGCCUUCAGGAGGGAGUUUGAUCUCCCAGAAGGGGUGACUCCUGAGGCUGUGACCUGCAGUUUAGCAGAGGGAAAGCUUCACAUUGAAGCACCAGGAAAACAGACGCCUUCCAUCUCUGAGAGGGUAGUGCCCAUCAACUGCAAAACAGCGGAUUCCACAGAACAGUUGGAGAAGAUGACAAAAGAGGACAACGCCACCGAUGCAGACGAGAUGAAGCAGUAAAAAAACUGUUGAAAAUGGACUUAUUUCCAUACUUGAUUAAAAAAGCUGGACUUUUGAAAUGUUAUUCAAUUUCUUAUUCUGACUGCAUCAGGCUAAAUGCACUGAAUCUUUUUUUUUUUUUAUAAUAUAAACAAUCAAUUUGUAUGAUCCCCCCCCUUUUUUUUCAACAAAUAAAUGUUUUGAUGAUGUUAAUUCAUGCAAUAUAAUAAACCUGUUUAUACUGAACAACAAUCAUAA